CGCCCUCUUUUGACAAAAGGUAUACAGUUUUGCCGAUGCUAAUGUCUUCCGGUAUUUCUGCAAGGAAGCAGACGAAAAAGUCGAUGAAUUCUCACGUUCUGCUGUCCUUUGAAGACCUGAUUCAAUCUGUUCAUUAUUCUACAACCGAAGUGCAAUGUCAUCUCUAAAAGAAUUUGCGAAGUCGGACUUUGACCCCGAGCAGCACGUGGAGCAGCUCGCCUGGCGCGUCCUGGGAGGGGACACCAGGGAUGGACCGGGGAGCUUUGAUCCCAAGAAGAUGCUCAACGCCUUUGUGUGUACCAUCGAGGAGCUGAAGCUGAGCUCGUCCAGGGUGGAGGAGAAGAUCACCAAGCUGGAGCACGGCAUGAAGACGGAGAUGAAGCAGCACGCCAAGCGCAUCUCACAGCUUCAAGAUCAUAACAAGCUUGCCUUCCUUCACUUCCAAGAGCUGGAUGAGCGCAUCAACAGCGUAGCCACCAAGGUGGUUCACCUAGGGGACCAGUUAGAGGGUGUCAACACCCCCCGGUCCAGGGCAGAGGAGGCCCUUAAGCUCAUCCAAUACUUUGCAGAUUUCAUGGAUGAUUUUGGACCGACGGCGGACAUCUUUAAUGAUCCUGAUAAGUACCAAGAAGCUGCAGAUGUGAUACAGAAGCUGCAACUGAUUGCGCAAGAGUUACCACAAGAUCAAUUUGAUAAACCAAAGAAGAAGAUACAAGACAAAUAUAAUCAGAUAGAGGAGGAUCUCAUCUCAGAUUUCAGACUUUAUUUCCAGGAAGCUGAGGUUGAGAGAAUGAAAGAAUUGGCCAGUAUUCUCAUUCAUUUCAAGGGUUACAAUCGAUGUGUGGAUGCUUUCAUCGAAGAAAGUCAAAGGGAUUGUUUCAUUCUUCAAGAUGUAUGUGAAGAUCUACUACCACUGUGCAAGAAGGUUAACACCUUGAUUCACGAUGUAUUCAGUAGCCCUGAGAGUGUGAUGGGCAGGUUUGUUGUCAACCUCUAUGAAGAUAAGUUACAGACACAUGUGAAAGGCAAGCUGACUGAUAAGAGUGAUUUAGAGCAUUAUCUGAAAAACCUGCAACAUUUGUAUGUAAGGACGGACAGGCUAACGAGCGCCAUUGCGGAGUACCGGCUAGGAUCCGAUGCCCACCUCCUCAGCCGUCUCACCAAGAAGAUCUUUGGAGCUUAUCUCAACAAGUACAACGUAGCAGAGACCAAGCAUCUGAAGGAGAAGAUGGCGGAGCACCUUGAGAUGUAUUACAAGGGACUUAGUCACACCAAGAAGGGUCCCCAACCUGUAGAUAGGUUCCAGGACCUCCAGAACAAGAUCAGGACCAAGGCCCCUCUGAACAUUGUAGGAGCAGCCCCGGUGGCAGACUACAAAGGAGAGACCUUCCUGUCCCAAGAACUAGCCCUGAACCUCCUCUAUGAAGCCAAACUAAGCUUUACUAGAUGCCAACUGCUGUCAAAUCAGUCCAAUAUUGCCAAGAAUGCUUACGACAUCUUCUGCAUCCUGAUCGACUUCAUGUGCAUUGAGCACAUCGACUAUGCCCUGGAGCUGGGGCUGACUGGGAUCCCGAUGGGUGAGCCUCGGUCUCCUCCUGCGAGCUACUUCUUUGAGAUCGUCUGCCAGGCCAACGCCAUCUUCCAUCUCCUGGAGAAGCAGUUUAGUGAUAUCCUGGUUCCUCUCAUUAGUUCCACUGAGCAGCACACAGAGUGUGUGGCAAAGAAGAAGACCUUGAUGGAGCAGAUGGAAGGGAAACUGGAGACAGGAGUUGACAGGCUAAUAAGUGCCAUAUGUGGAUGGCUCAAGCACCUGCUGUCGUCUGAGCAGAAGAAGACUGACUUCAGGCCUGAAGCAGAGGCAGGGAUGGUGACACCUUUCUCCCCCGCUUGUGCUAAGGUGAUAUCCUACAUGGAGAAGCAAGUGGAUACGAUCAAGAGAUGCAUGGACGGCAAGAACAUCAAUUCAGCACUAGCUGAGCUUGGGAUACGGUUCCAUCGGGUGGUGUAUGAUCAUCUUCAGCAGUUCACCUACAACUCAAUGGGUGCUAUGUUAGUGAUCUGUGAUGUCAAUGAAUACAGAAGGCUAGUCAAGAGCUUCAAGGUACCAGUGGUGAACACCCUAUUUGAGAUGCUCCAUUCCCUGUGUAACCUGUUGGUCGUAGCCCCAGAGAACCUGAGACAAGUCAUUACAGGAGAACAACUGACUGGGUUAGACAGAACGGUGGUCAUGUCGUUUGUGCAGCUGAGGUCGGACUUCAAGACAGCAAAAAUUGCCCAGCUUCUCAGAUAGCAACAUCCUUUAACAUCAUAGUGGCCCAAGGCAUCGUAUAUCAGUGGCGUAGUUUAGUCCUGGCUUCUUCUUGUUAUCUUCAAAAGGCUCUGCAGCCUGUCCUGAAUAUCUUGACACCAAGACUUGAAGGAAAACGUUUGGUCACAUUCACAUAGCUUUAGGUCUUGAGGUCGAGACCUAGACAUCACCAACCAGAGGCCAAGACUGAUCUUUAUUUCCCCACUGCUCAGACUGCCUCGUAGAUGACGACAUAUCUACAUCCUUGAGGACCUAGGCAUCAUUAUAAACUAUAGGAGGCUUGGUCAACAAGUAGCCAAAAUCAGAAUUCAACUUUGCAUAGCCCUUGUGAUGGAAGCAUCUCUCUAGCAUAUACUCAUUAGGAAUUACAUUCAGCAAUUUUAGCUUGCAGCCAAUUGGGGUUAGACUUCAAGAUGUCCCAUGGUAUACUCAAAUCAAUGUCAUGAAAUCUAGGAGAUGUCAGGCAUUGCCGUAUGCUUCUGAAAAAUGAGCUUUGACGCAGAUUGGAUUGGACUUUAGGACAGCCAAGACAGAACAGCUCAAGAGAUAUAGAAACAUUUUUCCAGCAAAGGAACAUUAUUUAUCAUCGUAUGCCUCAUUAAUCUGAGUUAUCUGACUCUCCUGGCAGCAGGGAUGAGACUGUUGGACAGCUCACUUCCCUGAAGCAACAUACAUCACCAUACCCUUCAACGGUCUAGUUGAGAAAAGCCCAUGAACUAGCUUUCACACGUAUCAGGGUCCUGUUUCAUGAAAAUGUUCAUCAGUAGCAACUGCUCUCAGCCCAUCAAAUGCAAUGAUUUCAGGACCUUACAUGUACAUCAAUUAUUGUAAUCUGUUAUUGAUACCAAGUUUUAUGAAUCAGGGGACAGAAUGGAUUUCAAAAUUACACAGUUCUUGAGCACCUGUUCUAGAGGGUACUAUUCCUAGAGCCAUCAGACAUCUCACCAAUAUCCCAAAUUAAAUUGUUAUGUGAAAUACUUGAGACAUGGUGCAUUAUACACCACCAAAAUGUUACAUGAUUUAUUUUGGGCAUAGGCAAACCAAUAUCGACAAAAUAAAAUUAACAAAGAAGAAUAAAUGUUAGUUUAUGUUCAUCAAAGCUUUAGAUUCUUGGUUGUUUCAUACAAGUUGAAACAUGUUAAAUAAUGGAUUACUCCUUAUACAGUAAAGUUCUGUACCUAUCGUGCAACAUAGAUAUUUGUAGUUGUCAUGGACAUGGAUUUAUGCUGCCAUCUGCAAUUAUAUUGUGCAUUCCAAUUUGAUAAAGAUGAUAUCAUUUAGGAAACGUAUUGUUGGGGUUCGUAAUUUAUUAUUUUACAUGUAGCAGAACUGAUCAAGCAUUACAUUGUAUCUGACAAAAAUUAUACAGGAUAAAAAUGAUGAUGUGAAAAUGUAUUGAGUGAUAUUUACUUUGCAAUGAGGCUAGAAAAAAGUCUACCAGUACAAGAUUUGUUUGUUGCUUUCUUCAGUCUAUUUUCCUUUGAUUUACUGUAUUGAAGGCAAAGACGAUAAAAAUAUUUAAAAACUAAUUUAUAAACAAUGUAACAUACAUUGAAGUUCAGAUGAAUGGCUUGAAAUUUUAGCUCGCUUCUUUUUAUUUACAAGCUUUGUGUCAGAAUCUAUGCAGAAUAGAAAAUAGCUGAGAUAUGGAUAAAAACAUCUGGUUACAUAUUUUCCAUUAUUCAAGUCUGCUUUAUGUAUUUCUUUUCACAAAAUAUUUCCAUGUCAGUAUGGAUUACAUUUUGUAUUAUCAUUUGUGACAAUAUUGUCUUGA